AGAGCGCACCGACUACACCGGCAUUCUGCAGCGCAUAUAAAACAAAACGACGAGCGCAACCCGCUUUUAGUAUUUAAUUCGUUUCGGUCAGAGUCCCAGCAUUGUUCAGCGGAACACUUUUAUUUUUCUCAACUAGCAAACUAGAAAAACAAUAAACACAACAAACAUGAGCUCCGCCGAGUACUAUCCAUUCAAGUGCAAGCCCACCGUUUACCCCGCUGAUCCCUUUGACCCCAUCGAUGAUGCCGCCAUUCUGCGCAAAGCCAUGAAGGGCUUCGGCACCGACGAGAAGGCCAUCAUUGAGAUCUUGGCCCGUCGCGGCAUUGUUCAGCGUCUGGAAAUCGCCGAGGCCUUCAAGACUGCCUAUGGCAAGGAUCUGGUUUCGAACCUUAAGUCCGAGCUGGGUGGCAAGUUCGAGGAUGUGAUUGUGGCUCUGAUGACACCACUGCCCCAAUUCUACGCCCAGGAGCUGCGCGACGCUAUCGCUGGCUUGGGCACCGACGAGGAGGCCAUCAUUGAGAUUCUCUGCACUCUGUCCAACUAUGGCAUCAAGACCAUCGCCCAGUUCUACGAGCAGGGCUUCAACAAGUCCCUCGAGCAUGAUCUGAAGGGUGACACUAGCGGUCACUUCAAGCGUCUGUGUGUCUCGUUGGUCCAGGGCAACCGCGAUGAGAACCAGGGUGUGGAUGAGGCUGCUGCCGUUGCUGAUGCCCAGGCUCUGAUCGAUGCUGGUGAGGGACAGUGGGGCACUGAUGAGUCCGUCUUCAACUCGAUUCUGAUCACUCGCUCGUACCAGCAGCUGCGCCAGAUCUUCCUCGAGUACGAGAACUUGACUGGCAAUGACAUUGAGAAGGCGAUCAAGCGUGAAUUCAGCGGAUCCGUCGAGAAGGGUUUCUUAGCUAUUGUCAAGUGCUGCAAGUCCAAGAUCGAUUACUUCUCGGAGCGUCUGCACGAUUCCAUGGCCGGAUUGGGCACCAAGGACAAGACGUUGAUUCGCAUCAUCGUCAGCCGCUCUGAGAUUGACUUGGGGGAUAUCAAGGAAGCAUUCCAAAACAAAUACGGCAAGAGCUUGGAGUCAUGGAUCAAGGACGAUACAUCUGGCGAUUACAAGCGUGCCCUAUUGGCUAUUGUUGAAUUCUAAAUGAACUCAAUUAUCCCAACAAUACAUUUUCACUGUCUCGUGUCUGUUCCAUGGCUUAAGCUACUCUUUAAAUAAUAUAUACACAAAUUGUACAAACGUUCGAAUAUCGAGUAAUUAGUUAUCAGUAAAUACAAAAAUAUUUUGUACGUACAUACAUAUGUAGUUAUAUACACAAUAUGAUCUACAAAUACAAGAGUUGAGCACUUUUAAAAGGCAAAACGCUGCGCAUUUAAUACCGUCAAAGUUACUGUCGCAUCACAUGUUAAUUAUACUAUAAUAUAUACAACUAUGCACUCUCAAUUCACACACUUAAUCUCAAUUUUAACAUAACCUCGAGUAUCAUUUAUAAUAUUGUUAAAACCAAAAACAAAUAAAACGCAACAAUAAAAAAAAACCAUCUCAAAUUAA